AAUAUAAUAUUUUUUUAUGGAAUCAUUGUAUUGUUUUUUUUUUUAUGAACUAGUAAUUAAAGUUCAACUAUGAAUUUGGACUCAAUGGCAGACAAUGAAACAAAGGUUGUGAUUCAACACAAGUUCCCUUUCACAUAGCUGGUCAUUGAACUCUGUACCACAAGAAUCAUUGUGUCGUGAAAUAGAGUAGAAGAGGAAUGAGAUGGAGAUGUCGAUUUUAAUCGAAGAAAACUUUUCUAUUUUACAGAAGAAAAUGAAAGCAAACAAACCGUAGAUUAUCGGAAGGUGGCGGAUUGACGGCGGCACGAUCAACGGCGGGUGCGGUGGUAUUUUGUGUGGUUUUUUUUGUUUUGAUUUUCUGUUUUGAUUUUGGUAUGAAGGAUUAGACACGUGGCUUAAUAUGAUGCACUAGAUUGAUCUGAUGGAUGAAGUUGGCUGAAAGUCUGGUGCCUUUCCCGCGUCAAUGUCACAUAAUCCCGAUCCGAGUUUAGAGAAGAAAAGUGAAGUCAAGACAGAGAGGGUAAGAUAACAAUAACUCUUCAAACAACACAACAAACAAAUUUUUUCUCAUCAUCACUUCAAUUCCACCAUGGAAACCAUUCCUACUUCCAUCAACAGUGGUUUGGGUUGGAAAUCAUCUUCUUUCUUUCAACAAUCCAAUUUCUUCAACCUACUUUCUCAACCUUACAAACCAAAACCCUCUCUCACCAAGUUUUCUCUCAAUUGCUCUGCCACCUCUGAUCCUCUCUUGGUUAAAGCUGCCAGGGGAGAUCUUGUUAGUCGCCCUCCAGCAUGGAUGAUGCGUCAGGCAGGAAGGUACAUGGCUGCUUACCAAAAGUUAGCUCAGAAACAUCCAUCCUUCCGAGAGAGGUCAGAGACGACUGAUCUCAUUGUAGAAAUUUCUUUGCAGCCUUGGAAAGCUUUUAGGCCCGAUGGAGUAAUUAUUUUCUCUGACAUCCUUACACCUCUACCUGCAUUUGGGAUCAACUUUGACAUAGAAGAUGUAAAGGGACCUGUAAUACAGUCACCUAUCCGCUCCGAGGAUGGAUUAAAGGUUUUGCACCCAAUUGACUUAGAUAAACUUAGAUUUGUAGGAGAAUCACUUAAGAUCCUGCGGCAAGAGGUUGCUCGUGAUGCUGCUGUUUUAGGUUUUGUGGGGGCACCAUGGACAUUGGCAACAUAUAUAGUAGAAGGAGGUACAACACGCACAUAUACAAACAUUAAGAGCAUGUGUCAUACAGCACCACACAUACUGAAGACUCUACUUUCUCAUUUGACAAAGGCGAUAGCAGAUUACAUCGUUUUCCAAGUGGAAUCUGGGGCUCAUUGUAUACAAAUAUUUGAUUCGUGGGGUGGACAACUACCGCCUGAUAUGUGGGAACGCUGGUCAAAGCCUUAUAUCAAAGAGAUUGUAAAUUUGGUCAAGAAAAAGUGUCCAGAGACACCACUUGUUCUAUAUAUAAAUGGAAAUGGUGGCCUUCUCGAACGUAUGGUAGAUACUGGAGUUGAUGUUAUUGGAUUAGACUGGACAGUGGAUAUGGCUGAUGGAAGACGAAGAUUGGGUAGCGGGAUAGGUGUUCAAGGAAAUGUGGAUCCUGCUUACUUAUUCUCUCCUCUUAAUGCUUUGACAGAAGAAAUUCAGAGGGUUGUGAGGUGUGCGGGACCUAGACGACACAUCCUUAAUCUUGGGCAUGGUGUUCUUGUUGGCACACCUGAAGAAGCUGUUGCACAUUUCUUUGAAGUAGCUAGGAGCUUGAAGUUUGACACUCUCACUCAAAACAACACUGCAAAUGUAGCUUAAAGACAAAAGCCAUUUGUGUUGCCACUUUUUGUACUUUUGCUGGUAUGUUAAACCAUUUCUUGAAGAGUUCAGGUUUAGUCCUUGUUCUUAUGCAGCUAUGUGAUGAUGAUGAUCACUAUCUGAGAAUUUGUACAUUGCUGUGUCGGCUAACUGAUGAAAGUAGUCUACAUUUUUUCUGUAUGAUAAAUUAAUUAGAGGUUCCUUCCAUUUGUUUGAGUAUAAAAAAAAAUGUUAUU